AUGCACCUGAUCUUCACAAAGUCGCUUACUCAGACGGACAUCGAGAAAAGGUUGGCAGUCCCAACUGGGUCUUUACCGCAAUUAGGGUUUGCCAAGGGUAGAGAAGGUUAUCAUUAUGUGGACUUUCUGGUGAAGGAUUCAAGUGGAGGAGUGUGGCGGUUCCGCUGCUCAACUCGGUUGACGGGUAAUCAUCCAAAACCUUAUCUAUCUUCGGGCUGGCUCCAGUUUGUUCGCACGAAAGGUCUUGGAAUCAAUGAUAAGGUUCAUUUCUACAAGGAGGAGGACCAAGGUAGUGGAGCUGAGUACAGAAUCAAAGUUGAGAGAAACAUGUUCCCCCUGUUCGGUCAUGCUAUUUGGGUUGACGUAGAGAAACUGUAG